CCUGUACGCGUGGACAUGUGCCAUAUAAAAGCCAUGAAUGGUUGUCACACCCUCACAAGCGACUCGUCUAGUUGUGUCGACAGCAGCCAUGCUUAGUUCCAGUAUUGUACUAGCUGCCCUGCUGGGCCUUACCUCUGCCACUUUAGUCCAGGACUGUGGAUCCACGGCAGAAGUUACAGAAGUGAGAAUCACUGACUGCGACAUUCCACCAUGCAUCCUCACGCGGGGCGAGGAUAUCAAAGUUGAAAUAGACUUCGUCAAUGUCAAAGCCUCCAGUACAUUGACAACCAAAGUUAUUGGCAACAUUGCUGGCAUAGACAUCCCGUGGGCAGGCGUGGUGCCCGACGCCUGCACCAGCCUCACAACUGGUGACUGUCCACUAGAAGAAAACGAAAGUGUUUAUUACACAGCAGAUGCUCCGGUUCUUCAGGAAUACCCAGCUGUGAGUGUCAUCGUCAAAUGGAGGUUGGUGGACGACAAUGAUGAAACUACUGUAUGCUUCAUUGUGCCGGCAGAGGUUGUAUAAUACCAUAUAAUGUAUAAAUUAUAAUACCCACUAAAAUAUUACCCAACUAAACAAGAUGAACAAUAAAAUAUCUAUUAAG